AUGCAUUCUCUGUUUCGCCCUUAUUCUUCUUCGUCCUCUGCUCUGUUUCUACUUCUUCUCCUCCUCCUCACUCUCCAACCUCUAACCUCCAUCUCUCUCUCUCAACCCGAAGCUCUCCCUUCACCUGAAAAGUGCGGAAACUUCUCAAUCUCUUUCCCUUUCCAUCUUUCCUCCUCCUCCUCCUCCUCGGUAGCUUUUCGACUUACUUGCACAAACUCAUCAACUCUGUUUCUCCACAUAAACAACCAAACCUACCGAGUCAUCGAAUUCUUCACAGACGGUCUCCUCGUAGACUUCCCUUCUUCCUCUCCUUGUCGCCAAUUCAACGACUUACGCUCUUUCCCUUUCUCCACGAACCAAUUCUUCUCCAUCUCCUUCGAAAACGUAAUCAGUCUUUACGACUGUGAAGACUCUUCUCUCUGCAAAGCCGGUUGCGAAAGCAACGUUCUCAUCGGUUGCGACGGCAGGGAAGAAGACGAAACCUCCGGUGGAGAUAUCGGAUGUUGCUAUCCUUUGUCUGAUCACAGCGCGUGGCGUACCGUUGAUGACUUCUCUGUUUUUGGUAAAUAUGGAUGCAGAGGAUUCUCUUCGUGGGUUAUUCCGAGAGGCACGAACAGAGGUAAACGAGGCGUUAAGUUAGAGUGGGCGAUUCCUAGAAACUCUUCUGAUGCUAUUUGCGAUCCUGAGGCUCGAACUGUCAACGCUACAGCCAUACAAGGAAGUGUUCGUUGUGUGUGCCGAGAUGGGUUUGCUGGCGAUGGCUUUGUCCACGGAACCGGUUGCUUGAGAUCUUGCUACAGAGAUGGAAAUGAAGUAUAUGGAAAUAAAUGUGAUUUUAAGGAACAUAACGGAAAGAAACUAACCGUUUUAGCUGGAGUGUUAGCUCCUCUAUUUAUACUCGGCUCACUCUUAGCACUCUUCUGUCUCCUAAAACGCCCGGUAACAUCAACUCACGAAGCUCAACACUUCGAUCACUCUCCGACAACAACUACUACAAGUGUUUCAUUUCGCAAAGGUUACAACAAGACUCGUCUCUUCACAUACCGUGAGCUAGAAGAAGCCACCAAAGGGUUUCAAGAUUCACAUAAACUCACACAAGGCAAAACCGGAACUAUCUACUCAGGUAAUCUAAAAAACGGAACACGUGUGAUCAUCCACAAGGUUCUAUGUGAGAACCAGAUUGAGUUCUUGGAGAUUUCGUCUCAGAUCGAUCAUCUAUCCGCGGUUUUGCAUAGGAACCUCGCGAGAAUCAUAGGUUUCUGUAUGGAUAUUGGAUACAAUCCGGUCGUUGUUUACGAGUAUCCGGUUAACGGGUCGCUUGGGGAUCGUUUGCGUCUAGGGCUUGACUGGUGCAAGAGAGUUAAUAUUGUAGCUGAAGUAGCGGGUUUACUUGCUCUGCUUCAAUACGAGAACUAUCCACCGAUCUUACACAACAACAUUGGUUCGGGUUACAUCUUCUUAGACGAAGACUUUCAAGCUAAAGUCACAGGCUUUGGAUUACAGAGGAGACAGAGGACUGAUAGUAGUAUGUACGAUGUGGCGGUUUUGCUUCUAGAGAUUGUGACUGGAUCAAAGCAGAGAGAAGAGACGGUGGCUCAGGCGUUGCAGAGGAUUAAAGGCGGUAAGCUUGAAGAAAUUGUGGAUCCUUGUUUGUAUUUUCAUGAGCAGCCAGGGGUUUAUAGAGAGCAGAUUGGUUUAGUUGCUGAUAUCGCGACUCGGUGCGUUUUGUUUGGUGGUGAUGGGAAGUUUGGGAUGGUUGAUGCGGCUAGAGAGCUGUUGCAGAUCGCUGAAAAUAACGGUGGAGUCGGUUUUGAUAAGAAAGGAGAUGGAAUAGAGGAAACGUUUUCGAAUUCGAGUUUGCUUCAGAUGAUUUCUAUGUCUCCUGAUUCUAUCUAUCUCCCUAAGACAUGAGUAAAGGAAACAGAGGAUAUUAAGGGCUUUUUAUUUUUGCUUUGUUUUGUUUUGAAUGUAUGUAAUGUAAAACGC